AUGGUCCAUUCUAUUAAUAAAACCACUAUAGGGGGUAAUGUCUUGGUUAAGCUUGAUAUGUCCAAGGCUUAUGAUAGAGUUAAUUGGAGGUUCCUUAUUCAGGUUCUGGAGUCCUUUGGGUUUUCUCCUCAGUUUUGCGCUUUGAUAAACCUUUGUAUUUCCUCACCUUGGUAUUCUAUUAUGAUGAAUGGUACUUCCUUGGGUUUCUUUAAGGGCGAGCGUGGUCUGAGGCAGGGCGAUCCGCUGUCUCCUUACUUAUUUGUCAUUAUGCAGGAGACACUAUCUCGGUUGCUCAAGAAUGCUUUUGAGAAUGGUAAAAUUGGCAAGUUUUCUCAAGCUAGAGGCACGCCUUUUGUUUCCCACCUUAUGUAUGCGGAUGAUAUUAUUAUUUUCUCUAAUGGUGGGAAGAAGUCUAUGAGAGGGUUGAUGGAGGUGCUUAAUCUUUAUGAGAAGUGGACAGAAGGAUCUUUUCCCUUUAAAUAUCUGGGAGUUCCUAUUGUGAUGGGUCGUUUGAAGGUUUAUGAUUUUGGUGAUCUGAUUGGUAAAUUUAAUAAAAAAGUUGCAGGGUGGAAAAUGAAAUUGAUUUCUACUGGGGGUCGUGUUAUUCUUUUACGUCAUGUUUUAUCGAGCAUGGCAACUCAUCUCAUGGUCGUCCUUCAGGUUCCCCAUGGUGUUUAUGUGGCGUUGAACAGGAUUAUGAGCUCCUUUUUUUGGGGUGAUCUUGAGGGGAGAGGAAAGAGGAAGUGGGUGGCUUGGAAAAAUAUUUGUCAUCCUACGGAGGAAGGCGGUUUGGGUAUUCGGGAUUUUGAGGAGAUUCAGAGGGCCUUACAUAUGAAAUUUGCUUGGCAUUUAAUUCAGGGGCAUUCUUUAUGGGCAGAAUUUUUCAGAGAUGGGGGUCCUAUUGGUGAUCAUUUUCCAGUUCUUGAGAGACCUUUGCUUCGAGUCAAAGAGUGUCGGCUUGAUAAUGGUUGGGAUACCUCUCUUUUGGAAAGACUAGUUGGUUCACAAAAAGCCGAAGAUCUGUUUCAGUUUUUGGCGACUAGGAAGGAUGGUCAGGAUAUCCUUAUUUGGAUGAGGGAUAAUAAUGGGGAGUUUAACACUAGAAGUGCUUGGGAUUGUAUCCGUGGGACAUAUGGAGGAUUUAAAUCACGUUCUCUGUACAGGCGAUUUUGCCAGAUGUAUUUGGAGGAUAGACGUUGCAAAGCUCGGAUGGAAGAUAAAGUGGAGUCAGUUCAGUCUGUUUGGCAUGUUAUCAAGCUAUGGAUUCGAAGGAUUAUGUCGUUAUUUAUGAAAGUCGCUAGGAUUUCUUUUCAAGAUGAGGCUAUUCUGAAAAGGUUGGAGAUCCCAGUUGUAUAUCCUAGGCCCAGGCAUAUUCGUGUGAUCAGGUGGAAACGGCCUCCCCAAGAUUGGAUGAAACUCAACUCGGAUGGUAGUAGUUUAGGGAAUCUAGGGCCGGCUGGCGCUGGGGGGGUUAUUCGUGAUAGUCUUGGUAGGUUGCACUCUGCUUACUCGGUUUUCUUGGGUCAGGGUUCUAAUAAUUUUGCUGAGUUGAGAAGUUUGUUGGAAGGGGUUAGGAGGUGUCAUCAAUUGGGUUUUUGUCGAGUUGAGAUUGAGGUUGAUUCCCAAUUGUUGGUUCGCUGGUGUACGAAGGGUAUGGAGUUUCGCAUGCACCAUGUUUUUCGAGAAGGUAAUGUGGUCGCCGAUUUUCUUGCCAAAAGGGGAGCUGGGGGUUUUAAUAUGGAUUGGUAUGCUCAUGACUCCUUACCUGAUCAGAUCCGUGGUGCUUUGGCUUUGGUCCUGGCUGUUUUGGUUUCUGGUUUUUACGUUUAG